AUGAAACUACACAUCUUCGCCAUUGCCUUCGGGUUAGUCGCGACUGCGAAAGCAGGCCUUUUGCGCUUUGGCUGCGCGCAGUUGACAGUCCAGAGACUUGACCCGUUGGUGAACCCAGGCUCGAAUCCCUCGCCACAUCUUCAUCAGAUCAUCGGAGGUAACUCCUUCAACGUCACCAUGGAUCCAGCCAAAGGCCAUGAUCUGGCGACACAAUCGACAUGCACCACGUGCGAGUUUUCCGAAGACUUGAGCAACUACUGGACCGCAGUCGUGUAUUUCAAAGCCAAGAACGGCACCUUCAAACGCGUACCCCAACGAGCGCAACAAGGCAUGGAAGGUACCAACGGCGGCAUGGUUGUAUACUACAUGACCGACGCCCUCUUCAGCACCUCGCAAACCACCAAAGUAACAGCCUUCAAGCCCGGUUUCCGCAUGCUGAUCGGCGACGUGUCGUACCGGUCUCGCGAGGAAGCGCGCGACUUUCGACAGCUGACAUAUAUCUGCAUGCAAAACGAGGGUACCCGGGAGCCUGAAACACUCGAGUUCCCGAAGCAGCCUUGCCCGGCCGGCAUCAUGAUUAACCAUCGGUUUCCAACUUGCUGGGACGGCGUGAACCUCGACUCACCAAACCACCGCGAACACGUCUCGUAUCCCGCGACGGGUACAUUUGAAAAUGGCGGCGCGUGUCCAUCCACACACCCCGUCCGCCUGCCCCAGAUCCUGCUAGAGACGGUCUGGGACACGAAGCAGUUCAACAACAAGGCCGACUGGCCAAGCGAUGGUAGCCAGCCUUUUGUCUGGUCUAGCGGCGACGCGACUGGCUUCUCGACGCAUGCGGACUACCUGUUCGGCUGGAAGGACGACUCGCUGCAGAAGGCUAUGAAUGGGAAUAAUUAUGUGUCGGCGCCAACGCUGAAGAAGCAGAAUAUUGCGACGCAGAAUAAGUGCAAUGUAAAGGAUAUGGUUGGCGAGAAUUUUGAUGGUUGGCUGACGGCGUUGCCGGGUGGGAUGCAGGUUGGUUGA